AUGCCCACAGAACUGCCCUACGCCGCGGAUGCUGAAGUUUCGCUAUCUUACGACGAGCUCGAGGUUCUGCGCCUCCAGUACCAGAAAGAGCUUUCUCAAUCGCAUGUAACGACGCAAACAAAGUUCAACUAUGCUUGGGGACUGGUCAAGAGCCCUAUGCGGGAGCACCAGGCGGAGGGCGUGCGGCUCCUGCAAGAACUCUACCGGGCUGAGCCAUCACGCCGUCGCGAAUGCCUGUACUACCUGUCCUUAGGCCAUUACAAGAUGGGGAAUUACGACGAAGCGAAGAGAUUUAACUCAUUACUCAUGGAGAAGGAACCCACGAACCUGCAAGCACAAAGCCUUGCUUCGCUUAUAGACCAGAGAAUCACAAAAGAGGGCUACAUCGGCAUGGCAAUUGCUGGAGGCGCGGCGGCUCUGGGCACCAUCCUCCUUGCAUCACUUAUACGGCGAGCUACGCGUAAAUGA